UCACGCAUUCUAAAGACCUGUCUACCAAUUGCAGGGCUCCUUACUGGAAAAACCAUCUGCUGGAGAGUGCCAAGAGUCCCUAGUAACGCUCUGCGGUUUUUGAAAUCUGAGGUGGAAAGACUAUAGUCUGCCUAGUGGAGGAGAGUGCCCUAUGUCUCAGAAAGAGCAGGCUCUCAGGAUGGACAUCUCACACUCUAAAGGACCCUUAGAUAAGCAAAAUGGAGAACUGAACAACCCAGAAGAGGAGGUGGAGUUUAAGGAACUAGAUGGUCUGAGGGAAGCCUUAGCAAAUCUCCGAGGACUGUCAGAGGAGGAGAAAGGUGAGAAGGCAAUGCUUCGCUCACGCAUCCAAGAGCAGUCACAGCUCAUCUGCAUCCUGAAGCGGAGGUCGGAUGAGGCCCUUGAGCGCUGCCAGAUCCUGGAGCUGCUCAAUGCAGAGCUGGAGGAGAAGAGGAUGCAGGAGGCUGAGAAGCUCAAGGCCCAAUGUGAGCAUGCCCAGAAGUUAGAGGAGCGCUUCCUAACCCUAGCAGCCAACCACGAGUUGAUGAUCCACUUCAAGGAUGAACACAAGUGUCAGAACGUAAAGCUGAGGGAGGAGAAUGAGAAGCUGAGGUUGGAGAACAGCAGCCUCUUCAGCCAGGCCCUGAAGGAUGGGGAAGCCAAAGUUUUGCAGCUUACCGCCCAGAGUGAGGCCCUCACCAGGGAGCUGGAGACUCUGCAACAGAGGUGUGCUCAGGAUUCCUGCCAGGCACUGGCCCGCGAGCGGGAGCUGCUGGAGCUACAGAGUCAGCAGGCCUGCGCCCACGCCGAGGAGACAGAACAGUUGCGCAGUCAGCUGCAGAACCUCAAGCUGCAGCACCAGCAGGCGGUGGAGCAGAUGGCGAAGGCCGAGGAGGCGCACAGCAACUUGAGCCAGGAGCUGCAGGCCAGGCUGCGGACCGUUACUGGGGAGAAAGAGGAGCUGCUGCAGCUGUCCAUGGAAAGGGGCAAGGUGCUUCAGAACAAACAAGCAGAGAUCCGCCAGCUAGAGGAAAAGUUGGAGGCAGCAGAUGUGGCCAGGAGGCACGCGCUAGAGCGGUUUGAGCAAGAGGCAAUGGCUGUGGACAGCAAUUUGAGAGUCCGGGAGCUUCAGCAUAAAGUGGAGGGAAUCCAGAAUGCCUAUGACGAACUCAGACUGCAGUCUGAAGCUUUCAAAAAGCACAGCCUGGAUCUUUUAAGCAAGGAGAGAGAACUCAACGUCAAACUUCGCCACCUCUUUCCGUAAAGAAGCUGCUGCUUUCUCUGGCUUCCAAUUUAGAAUGCAAAUAUUUGUGCCUUAGCAGUAUGGCAAAAGUAAAGAUGAUAUCCCAUUUAUUGUACUUUUAAGCGCAAAAGACAACUUAAAAGCUACUUUACUAUGAUAUUCUUGUUGUUACUAUUGUAAAACUAACACUAAUUUUCCUUUCUACCACCUGGAAUACACAAAAUUUACCAGA